ACGUCCUAAAUAUAAAUAAUUGAUCAAAACUAUAAGUAGGUUGUUACAUCCAUGAAACUAAAAAAACGCUUAUUAUUGUUGUUAUUACAUCUUUUCAAACUAAUCGAUCAAAAUCAAAUGGUAGAUGGUGAAGGUUCUUUCAAGAGACCCGGAGCUGUGCCUUUUAACUGGGAGAUCCGACCCGGUGUACCCAAGACCCGAAAUACCCAACCCGAUGACCCCACUCUCCUUCAACCUCCCAAGAAACUUCCUCCUCUCCGAUUAAAACAACUUCCGCCGUCGAAUCAGCCAUCUCCGUCUUCGCCGUCUUCUUCCAUCAUAUACGACUCCAAAACCCGCCCGGCCUCUCCCUUUGCUCCUCCUUCCUCACUAUUCAAGCUUAAGCCGCAUCCAGAUUCUGACCACCACUCUUUAAGACCUCCGACUCCAUAUUGGCGAUUUUCUUCACCUCGAGCCGGACUCGAUUCCGGUGACUCUUUGCGCCGGUGGCGUUUUCUCAAGUCAUUGGUUGGGUUGAAGAAGAGUAAGAAAAAGACGGGUGAGGAAUCGACAUCAUCUGAUUCUGACAUUUUCUAUGAAUCGGAGACGACGUUUUCUCCGUCGGAAGGUUCUAGCCGGGGAUCGGUUUCGACGAGGCGUGGUUCGCCGAAAUCGUCAUUGUCUUCUCGUCGUGGUUCGCCUCUGAAACGGCAUCAAUCGGAUUUGAGCUCUUACGACAAAAAAACCAUUUUAAUGAUGGCUCGUGAUCGCCUCGCUUAGAAA